AGAGAGGGAAGGGGAUAAAUAAAAUACUAACCAUCAAAUCUAUUCCCAGUGGAAAACAGGAUUCAAGAAGGGCAAUUCUUAUUUAUGAUAGAAUACUUUGUUUGGGGGAGUAAUCAACUAUGGUGUGUGACUAAACUUUCUUGGUUUCAGCUCCUUGGACGGAUCAUUCUACAAGGUACAUUUCUUUAUAUCUCCGGCUUGGUUCUUGGAUGAUUGGAUCAUUUUCUAUCUCCAUUUAUGUUUAUUAUUAGAACAUUCCUUACCAUACUUUGGUAUCAUCGAAAUGAUGUUUCCAAAAUCCAGCCACUAGCUAGAAGAAAGGGAUGCUAAUUGUAUUAGAGCCAAGAUAUUGUAAUCAUUCUCAACCUCUAGGCUUGUAUUGUCCAUGCUUUUUCCCUGAAGAUUGUUUGAGCAUCAUGUCAGUUUCAUCUUUCCAAUCAUCAUCGUCCAUGAGGUCGAUGAGUGUUGCAACUGCACAUAAGAAUAUAACCCAGUGUGUAGCCGAUGCUCGGUCGGACGCUCAUGACGUUCAGGAAAAGGCUCUUAAAGACUUGGUUGCCAUUACCCAGGUUAGUCCCUUAUACAGGAACUUGCUUGCACAAGUAGAUGGAUCAAUUCCAAUUCUUAUAGCUCUCUCCAAAUCCUCUUCCUCCACCGUCCAAUCCCUUUCACUGUCUAUUCUCUUCAAUCUAUCUCUGAAUAAUGACAUGAAAAAGCUUCUUGCAUCAAUGGAAACCAUUUACCAUCUCAAUACGCUCAUAUCCUUGGGCUCGCCCGAGACCGUCAAGUUAUCGUCCUCAUUGAUUUGUAGUCUUGCAAUGCUAGACAAGAACAAGGCUAAGUUUGGGGUAGCAGGUACCAUACAGUUGUUGGUUAGAGCACUUACUGUCCCUAGUGUUCCUGCUGCUCAUCACCUUCUCUGUUCUCUAGCUGAACUAGGCCAGUUUCAUGGAAACUGCACUGUGGCUGUUCGAUCAGGAGCCAUCUCGGUUCUUGUCGACGUAGUGGAGAGUACCAGUGGAGAGGAUCUCGCUGGCACUGCUCUUGUUGUUCUCGGUCUCUUGGCUAGAUUCGAGGAGGGGUUGAGGGCUUUGAUAAAAAUCGAUCGGAUCGUUUAUUCAAUGGUCAAUGUGUUAAAAGGGAGGUGUAUGUUGAGUAAAGAAGGUGCAACCGAGAUCCUUUUGCGAUUGUUCGAAGAGAGUGAAGGUUGUUUGAGAGACGCAUUGAGGUUCCCGGAGUUUUUAGGCGUCGUUGCAGAUCUUUCUGUGAGAGGAUCCACAAAAGCUAGAGAAAGAGCUACUCUACUUAUGAAUAAGAUCAUGAAUAAUGACUUGGAGACGUAUUCAAAUGCCGACUCAGUGUAUUCGCCAUGGUAUUGAAG